AUGGGGUGCUCGCUGGAAGACGGCCUCUGCAGACGGUGGGAGACCUGUGUCCACGACGGAGUGUUUGGAAGGUGCCAGAAGGUUCCGGUGACCGAUGUCUACCGCUAUGAGGUGUCGCCGGUGGCCCAGCAGCGUCUGAGGGCCGCCCUGCUGCAGCUGUCCCGCGCAGAGCCAGAGAUGGUGACAGUGAUGGAGACGGUGAUGGUGAUGGUGACGGAGACGGUGAUGGACACAGUGACGGUGACGGACACGGUGACGGUGACAGAGACGGAGAGGGUGACGGUGACGGAGACGGUGACGGUGACGGUGACCGACAUGGUGACGGUGAUGGAGACGGUGACGGUGACAGUGACAGACACAGUGACGGACACGGUGACGGUGACGGAGACGGUGACGGUGAUGGACACGGUGGCCGUGACCGUGACGGUGACGGAGACGGUGACGGUGACGGAGACGGUGACGGUGACAGUGACAGUGACGGACACAGUGAUGGACACGGUGACGGUGACAGAGACGGAGACGGAGACGGUGACGGUGAUGGAGACGGUGACGGACACGGUGAUGGUGACGGACACGGUGAUGGUGACAGAGACGGAGACAGAGACGGUAACGGUGAUGGAGACGGUGACCGUGACGGAGACGGAGACGGAGACGGAGACGGUGACGGUGACGGAGACGAUGCUGCUGGAGGGGGGCAGGAAGAUGGGAGGGAGCUUCGCGUGGCAGGAUGGCGACACGCAGCGCGCGCUGGCCCAGGCGCUGGCCCACGUCCCCCGAGCCCAGCUGCGGCGCCCUGAGGCCGCCCGCCCGGCCAGGAGCUGGAAGCUGAGAGCCAAGGACGAGAGGAGGCCUGGUGUGCAGGGCGACCGCGUGCUGGCCGCGGCCCUGGAGCGCUCGCUGCUGUCCCUGGAGGCCCUGCCCCAGGCUGUGGCCCGGGAUCUGCUACCCAGGAUGCAGCAGGGCGGGCGGGCAGCCCAGAGUCAGCGCCACCUCGCCACAGAUCGCGCGGCCUCUGCCCACGUCAGCGCCCACGUCAGCACCCACGUCAGCGCCCACGUCAGCACCCACGUCAGCGCUCACGUCAGCGCCCACGUCAGCGCCCACGUCAGCGCUCACGUCAGCACCCACGUCAGCGCCCACGUCAGCGCCCACGUCAGCGCCCACGUCAGCGCUCACGUCAGCGCCCACGUCAGCGCCCACGUCAGCGCCCACGUCAGCGCCCACAUCAGCGCUCACGUCAGCGCCCACGUCAGCGCCCACGUCAGUGCCCACGUCAGCGCUCACGUCAGUGCCCACGUCAGCGCCCACGUCAGCGCCCACGUCAGCGCCCACAUCAGCGCUCACGUCAGCGCCCACGUCAGCGCCCACGUCAGCGCCCACGUCAGCGCCCACAUCAGCGCUCACGUCAGCGCCCACGUCAGCGCCCACAUCAGCGCUCACGUCAGCGCCCACGUCAGCGCCCACGUCAGCGCCCACAUCAGCGCUCACGUCAGCGCCCACAUCAGCGCCCACAUCAGCGCUCACGUCAGCGCCCACGUCAGCGCCCACGUCAGUGCCCACGUCAGCGCUCACGUCAGUGCCCUCGUCAGCGCUCACGUCAGUGCCCACGUCAGCGCCCACGUCAUCGCCCACGUCAGCGCCCACGUCAGUGCCCACGUCAGCGCUCACGUCAGCGCCCACGUCAGUGCCCACGUCAGCGCUCACGUCAGCGCCCACGUCAGCGCCCACGUCAGCGCUCACGUCAGCGCCCACAUCAGCGCCCACGUCAGCACCCACGUCAGCGCUCACGUCAGCGCCCACAUCAGCGCCCACAUCAGCGCCCACGUCAGCGCCCACAUCAGCGCCCACGUCAGCGCUCAUGUCAGCGCCCACGUCAGCACCCACGGCGAGGGCCCCCCGGCCGACAGCGCGCUGACCUACGUGCCCCAAACGUCCGCUCUGACCCACGCCCCUGCCUCCCGGACCAGCCACCCCCCGGGCCGCCCGCUGCAGACCCUCAGCCGGCUCCAGCCCGGCGAGCUCAGCCCCGAGGGGGGCGGCGGGGUCCAGAAGCAGACUCUGCUCAGGCAGCUGAUCGCCUACUUGGCCAUGAUACCCCCCUCGCCCACCGAGGCGGGCCCCCUCACGCCCGACGACCUGCGCGUGCCUUGGAGGAAACACGGAAAACGGUUUUCGCCUCCAGAAGACCCCGCGGAGCCCCUGGGCGCCGGCGACGGAGCAUGGACUCAGAAUUUCCUGGAGGACCCAAGAGAGCACCAGGCCUCUGUGGAGACGCUGAGCACCCCGGACCUGGACGAGGUGGCCGGGGUGAUAGCCGAUGCCACGGACGCGGAGGGCCCGUGGGAAGGCCCCGGAGGAGCUGGAGGAGAGCCCGGGGCGCCGGCGGACAGCUCGGAGGCAGCGCUCGGGGACCGUGCCCAUGGCGGGGUGGGAGCGCGAGGCACCAGAGCACGGGACGGCGAGGCUCACGGUCACGGAGAGGUCGGUCCUGCGAGCCUCCGCCGUGGGGACGUCCUGCAGGGCCCGGGGUCUCCACGCCCACCUGGAGCCCCACCUGGAGCCCCACCUGCCCCCGGGACCGAGCAGGCGGCGGGCCCCGCGGCCGCCUCGUCUUCGGAGGAGGACGCCGCCGGGGUGGAGAACGUGAAGAGUCGGAGCUUCUCCACAGAGCUGCUGGCGAGGCCGCACUCGGGGCCCGGGGCCCACGGGCUUGGGCAGUUCCCGCGCUGGGUCUCGGGGGCCCCGCAGGAGCAGGAGGACCCCGGCCACGGCCUGCGGCUGGAGGUCAAGUCCCCCGAGGAGACCUAUGGCUACAUCGUGACAGAGAGCGACCCCCUGAGCCUGGAGAAGGGGAAGCAGCUGCUGGCGGACGUCACAGGCCUGCUCCGGGUGCCCACGAGCGUCCUCGCAGACACCGAGGUCCUGGGACCAGCCGUGACCUUCAGAGUGAGCGCCAACGUCCAGAACGUGACGCCUGCAGAUGUGGCGAAGGCAGCAGUCAGCAACAAGGACCAACUGGAGCGGUCGUCGGGACUGAGGAUUCUUCGGGCCGGAGUGGGGCCGAAAAGCAAGCUCAAGCUCCCAGCUCGCCCCGCGGAGCCGGAGGACCCGGCUAAGUUCCUGGUGCUCACGCUGCUGUCCAUGGCUGCCAUCCUGGGCGUCCUGCUGGCCUCGGGGGCCAUCUACUGCCUGCGCCACGACUCUCACCGCCGGCUCCGGGAGAAGCUCUGGGGCCUGGCGGGCGACCCGGGCCCCAACGCCACCGCAGCCUACCAGGAGCUCUGUCGCCAGCGCAUGGCCGUGCGCACCGCUGACCGCCCGGAGGCCCCGCCCGGGUCGCGCAUCAACAGCGUGUCCUCGCAGUUCAGUGACGGGCCGAUGCCCAGCCCUCCCGCGCGGAGCAGCACCUCGUCCUGGUCCGAGGAGCCGGCGCUGCCCAACAUGGACAUCUCCACCGGCCACAUGGUCCUGGCCUACAUGGAGGACCACCUGAGGAACAGGCACCGGCUGGAGAAGGAGUGGGAGGCGCUGUGCGCGUACCAGGCGGAGCCCAGCAGCUCGCUCGUGGCCCAGAGGGAGGAGAACGUGCCCAAGAACCGCUGCCCUGCGGUGCUGGCCUACGACCACUCCAGGAUCCUGCUGAAGCCGGAAAACAGCCACAGCCACUCGGACUACAUCAACGCCAGCCCCAUUAUGGACCACGACCCCAGGAGCCCUGCGUACAUUGCCACCCAAGGACCGCUGCCCGCCACCGUGGCCGACUUCUGGCAGAUGGUGUGGGAGAGCGGCUGCGUGGUCCUCGUCAUGCUGGCCCCGCUGGCGGAGAACGGCGUCCGGCAGUGCUACCACUACUGGCCCGACGAGGGCUCCAACCUCUACCACGUCUACGAGGUGAACCUGGUCUCCGAGCACAUCUGGUGCGAGGACUUCCUCGUGAGGAGCUUCUACCUGAAGAAUCUGCAGACCAACGAGACCCGCACGGUGACCCAGUUCCACUUCCUGAGCUGGUAUGACCAGGGCGUGCCGUCCUCCACGCGGUCCCUCCUGGACUUCCGCAGAAAAGUAAACAAGUGCUACAAAGGCCGCUCUUGCCCAAUAAUUGUUCACUGCAGCGACGGCGCGGGCAGGAGCGGCACCUACAUCCUGAUCGACAUGGUUCUCAACAAGAUGGCCAAAGGCGCUAAAGAGAUCGACAUCGCGGCCACCCUGGAGCACCUGCGGGACCAGAGGCCGGGCAUGGUCCAGACCCAGGCGCAGUUCGAGUUCGCUCUGACCGCGGUGGCCGAGGAGGUCAACGCCAUCCUCACGGCCCUUCCCCAGUGAGCGGCCCGCAGCCCGGCCGCCGCCUGCGGGAGCCACGGCGGCGAUGUGUCUCCAGUGUAACUGCCCAGUAGUAAGGCCCCCACAUCCCAUAGUCACUACAGCUUAGCCGUUAAAUCGUGUAUUUUUGUUCAAUUAAAUAAUAAUGA